UGAUGAUGAUGAAGAGGAAGAAACAACAACCACCACCACCACAACCAAAACAAAUGAUCAAUUAUUAUUUAUACAGGAAAUAACUAAUCCACCGAAUGUACGAUUAUCACCAUCAUCAUCAUUACCAUUGCCAAUGAUGAAAACGACGACAAUAUUUUUAAAUUCUAAACAUACUGAUAAUGAUCCAUUUAUUUGUGAACCAGAAGAUGAAAUUGAUGAUGACCAAGAUGAUGAUGAUGAUGGUGAUCAUACGAAAUUUAUGAUUCCAAAUACCGAUCUUAUCAUGGAUCAUGAUGAUGAUAAUCACGAUGAUGGUGAUGUUAAUGAUCAAGAUGAAACAAAAACGUCAACAGCAUCAUUAUAUAAUGCUCAAAAUGAUGAAAAAAAACGUCUUCGUUUGGAAGAUUUUAUGCGACAGAUAAUUACACAGAUUAAUACAAGUACCGAGAAAAUAUGGCCAAAUCUUUUAUUGGAUUUUACGAAAAAUUUUUCCGAAUUAAAUAUACCUACAUAUGUGUUACAGCAUUCGACAUCGUCAACAUCAACCGAUUGUUCAUCAUCAUUUGGAACCAACACCAGCAAUAUGAUUGAUCAUCCAGCAACAGUUAUUAUGCAAAACAAUAAUGAUACAAUAAUCAAUCAUCAAAUUAAUAAUGAUUUAGAUAAAACCACCAGUAUGGCAAGCAAUCCGAAUCGUUUGGUAUCGAAUUCUGAUCAAGAUUUACUUAUGGAUAUUUUAAACAUUGCAAUCAGUUCAUUAUCAAUGCCACAAACCGACCGACGAGUAUUUGCCUGUCAAUUAUUGCUCAAUAUACAUGAUUGUCUUACAAUGGAUACAAUUGAAACAAAAGUGAUGCCAUUGCUUAGUGAAUUAAUUACAUACGAACAAACAACAUCGGUACGAUUUACGUUUUGUUUUGUAUUAGCCAAUUAUGCAAGACGUGUUGAAUUCGAAUAUUUUGAAUCGAAUAUUUUUCCAUUGUUUGAAAAAUUAUCAAUCAUUGCAUUGGACAAUUAUAAUUCGAAUUCUCAACAACAACAGCAACAACAUUAUUCACUUUGUACAUCAACAACAAUUUGUUUUGCAUUACUUGAUUCAUUGACAUCGCUGUUAUCUUAUUUACUUCAUUUUAAUCAGAUUUCAAUGAAAAAACCAAAGAACAAAUCCACUGAUUCUUGUGAUAACGACGAAGAUGAUGGUGAAACAAUGGUGAAAAUGUUUGAUAAUACUACAAAUAAUAAUGAUGAUUAUCAUACCAUCGAACAGUGUGAUCCAUUAAAUGAAUCAAAUUCUUCGCCAGAUGAACAACAUCAUGAUUCCAGUAAUAUGAAUAAUAAUGUAUUGAAAUUUAUUCUUCAUCGAUUCAUACCAUUAUUGAAAAAAACCCUUCAAAGAAUGUUAGAUUUUAUUGAUCAAUAUCGGUCAAUGUCGAUUAAAAUUGAACAAGAUUUAUUCAAUUGUUUUCUACAUUGGCGUGAUCAAAUUGGUACACACGAUUCAAUCACACAAACAUUAUUUUCACAUUACCAAAGCCUAGUACUUUUCAUACUCAUUUUACGUGAUUAUGUGAAUAAUAAUAAUUCUAAUGGAAAUAAUAAUAAUAAUCACUGUGAUUCAAAUGAUCGACAAUUUAUGACCGAAAUGAUUGAUCGUGAUCAUUGGUAUCUUGAUUUUUAUUAUCGUCUUUGUGCAUUUCAUUAUGUUCUUCCAACACCAACACCACAGUCGUCAUCAUCAUCAUCUCAUCCGGCGAAAACAUUGUCUAUGAAUGAUGUAUCAUCUUCUUAUUCGAUUCAACCACCACCGUCCACUUUGAUUGAUCAAUCGACAAAUUCAAUUUUAACCAAAAUUAAUCUCAUGGAUUUGGGUAAAAAUAAUUCCAACAACAAUACAACUAUGGCUCAAUCAUCAUUAUCAACGCAACAGCAGCAGCAGCAACAACAACAACAACAACAAAAUUUUAUCGGCAGAUAUCAAGUUACAAAUGUUGAUGGUAAUAUAAUGAAUAUGAAAACAUUACCAUCACCACCGAUAUCGAUAUCACCAUUACCACAACCACCAUCACAAUCAUUGUCGUCGUCAUCAUCCUCCCCGGCAACAACUUCGAUUCUACAACAACAUUUACAACAGCAAUUAAAUUUUGAAACAAAUUCCGGUAGUAGUACAUCGGUAGCGGCAACUGUGGCUACAAAUGUAACCAUACAGAAUAAUGAUUUUAGUAUUGGCUCAACACAAUAUACAUUCACAUCGAAUGCAUUGAAUAAUUUGGAUAUAUUUGGUUUUUUUCGUUAUAAAACGAUUGCCUGCAAAAUAAUAUUAGUCUCAUUAGUUCCGGCAAUUUCCGACUUAUAUGAUAUAGCGAAAAAUUCCAAUCUAUUAUCGGGUAAGCAAUCAACGAAACCAACAGCUCAUCAUCUGCAGUUACGAUCAAGAAAAAGUCUAAGACUUAAAUCAGGACAACCAUCACGAUUGCCGGUUCCGGUUUCAUUGUCAUCAUCAAACAACAACGAAUCAAUCAAAGACGAAGAAGAAGAUAUAACCGAUCAUUCAAUAUCAUCCGAAUCAGGUUCUGAAUCAUUGAAAAUUGAACGUCAAGAAAAAGAAUUGAUUGAAUCACGUUUGAUUGACAUAUUGAAUACAUUAUCGAUUGAUAAUAAUUACGAAAUAGCAAUGAAGAUGUCAAAUAUUAUUGAAAAAUUGGUUGAACGUUUUACCGAACCAAUACGGUUAUAUUCGCUGUUAACCAAUAUAUUACAAUCACAGAAUUUCGAUGUCAUCGCACAGAUAAUUCGUAAUUUUGUUCAUGUAUUUACAUCCAUGUUGAGUUCAUCACAAAUUACUGCUCAGACGGAUACGAUUAUUGAAUAUGUGGUUGAUACAUUCAUGCGUUCGGAAACGUAUCUAAGUACGAAACCAAAAUGGCGUCUACAUAUCCAAUAUUUUGAUGUCAUGUUUCGUCUAUCACGUAUUAUACCGGUUGAUGUUGUUAAACGAUUAAUAAUUCCACGAUUAUUAUUACGAUUUAGUACAACGCGUCCAAUACCUUGUCGACAAGCAAUUGCUCGUUGUCUUAUAAUGGUCUAUUUGGAAAAUUUUGCUCAACAUGAUUUUGAAAAGUAUUGUUCCAAUAAUGGUCAACAAUCGACAGUGAACACUGCCAAUAAUAGCACACGCACUAGCCCAUCUAAUCAAAUGAUGACAUCUUACCCUUUACGUUUUGAUGAUUUAUCACAAACUGCCUAUUUAUCAUUUGAUUUAUUUAAUUGGUUAGAUCGUAAUCUAAAACAAUCGCAACGAUAUCAGGAUCGUCAAAUAUAUGUAGAUAUGUUAGCCAUAUUUGUACGGCUUUUAUUUCGUGAUUCAAUUGAAUGGCGCGAAUCAUUGCCAAAUCAUUAUCUGGUCGAUCUAGUAGAACAUUGUCCAUCGUUAAUGGAUUGGUCAGAAUUAUCAUAUCGAUUCUCGAAACGAUAUCGACUGAAUCUUAAGGAAUUACAUUCAUCACAAUUUUUUGCAAUGUUAAUGAUACAACGUUAUCGAUUAUUACAUCAGCUCACCGAAUUAGCCACUAAAGAUCGUGUGUCAACCAUUCGUACUAGUGCUUGUAUUGUCCUUUAUACAUUGUUACAAUGUGCUAAUCAUUGGGUGGUGAAUCACUUACAUCAAAUACCAAUCACAUCGAUCAAUGAUUGUUGCAUUCCUAAAACUAAUAUGACUGUUGGUCUUAACAUUUCUGCUGGUGGUGGUAGUGAUAGUGAUCAUUCACAUCAUCAACUGACUGAGAUGAUAAUGGAUUAUUAUGAUACAUAUAUGGACAACGCUACGAUUAUAUCGGAUCACAAUGAUCUAAAUAGCUAUAAUUCAAUAGCUUAUUUUACAUCCGAACAGCUAUAUCUACGCCGGCAAUAUGAACAGGAUCGUAUUGUAUUGGAAGAAUUACAUAAGGUGUAUACAUUAGUCGAUGAUAUAAGACUGGAUUUUAGCCUUAAUUAUUAUCAAUUACGUAAUAAACGAAAAAAACCACGUAAACAACUACAACAACGUGAUGAAAUGAUUCCAUCGCCUACGCCUUCAAUAACAUCAAUUGAUUCAAGUGUAAUCGAAUUGAUAAACGAAUUGAUGUUAUCGGUUGAGAAUGAUGUGAACUCUUCUUAUCUAGUGGCGAAGGAAAAGGAUGAUGGUGGUAUUUUAAAACAAGUAAUAGAACGUACACCUGAAUUAUUACCAGAAGAAGAUGAAGGUAUUGAUCUAGUUAAUGAUUCAUCGGUAUUAAUUACCGAUGAUUCAGCUACAUCCUCGACAUUAUCAUCUCCAACAAUCGAUACAACCACAACAUCAUCAUUGGACACUGCCAAUAAUCAAUCAGCGGAGGCUGAAUCGCCAUCAUCAUCAUCAUCACCGUCGAUUACAAGCCGUGGAUUGAUUUAUCUUGCCAACGUUGAUGAAUUGGUUGCUGAUUCGAAUGAAUUGAGUUCUAUAAGCCAUACAACAGUUGCAGAAUCUUCAUUGCCAACUGUCCCAAAAAACGAAAAUCCCCGAAACAUCAUGAACAACAAACUAUAAAUCAUAGAUCGGCAUCGAAUUUAUCAAUUGAAAAACAUCUAAAUACCAUCAUCAAACAUAAUAGUAACAUUCAGCAGCCAAAUGUGCCAUCAAUGAUU